UCUUUCUCCACCGUGAUCGUUGUGUUCGUUGGGGAGCUGAGCGAGAGAAAUGCCCACAGUCAGAUUCAACAAGUCUGUCUCUGAAGUACUCGCCCCCGUGAGAGGUGUGAACGACGGGAAUUUCAUGCCGCAGUCGUCAUUGGGCGUGUUUUCAGUGGGUGGUUCGUGUUCCAUUUGAUUGGUGGUCAGGUGAACCUAUAUCCCGGCCAGGCGGUCAGCGGACUCGAACCUAUAGGGAGCGACCCUAGAUCAAAGACAGCAAAUAACUUGUGCGGUGGCCAAUUUCUAGCAACAUGAUUUGAAUUUGACUCUGUGAAGAUCUGGAGAAUCGAAUUCGUUGUCGAUCGAUUCGAUUUGGAACUUAGGACCUCAUCGGUGAGUGGAACCAGUUGUCAAGAGUGGGGCAGAAUCAUUCUUGGGUGGAAUUACUUGAAAAAUGGCCAAACUGACCAAAGCGAAGGUGAAAGGCUGUCUCAAGAGCAGUGCUUUGACCUUCGCCACUCUCGCCGGAGUUAUUGGAGGCGUCAUAUUUGGACUUUGCCUCCGACAAAGAGAACAACCAUGGACAGAUCGAGAGGUUAUGUACAUCUCCUAUGUGGGAGAACUGUUUCUGAGAAUGCUCAAGGCUCUUAUUCUUCCCCUAAUUGUUCCAAGUUUGAUUGCCGCUGUGGGCUCGCUCGACAUGAGCCUCUCCGGAAGGGUGGGCGGCCGAGCUGUGGCAUACUACAUGACCACAACUGUAAUGGCCGUCAUUCUCGGCAUCAUUCUCGUUACAAUCAUUCACCCCGGAAAACCAACACUGAAUGACGAUGAAAUCGAGAAGAGCGGAGAAUCGCGGAAUGUGACCGCGGCAGACACCCUCAUGGACCUGGGGCGUAAUUUGUUGCCACCCAAUUUGGUGAAGGCCACGGUCGCUCAAUAUCGUACGGUUCUCGUCAACCCAGGAGAGGCGGCCUUUGUGGACGAUGCCGGUCAAAUGCGCGAUCCCAAGAACUUGUACACUUGGGCCAUCAAAGGCGAAUAUUCCGACUCCACCAACAUCCUGGGCUUGGUCUUCUUUGCUGUUAUCUUGGGCAUCACUCUGGCCAUCAUGGAGGAGCGUGGCAAGCCGUUGUUGGAUUUCUUCACAUGCUUGUCGGAGGCCAUGAUGACUAUCACCACCUGGGUGAUCUACAUGGCCCCCGUGGGCGUGUUCUUCCUGAUCGGAGGUCAGAUCCUUGGCAUGGAGGACAUGAGCAUGGUGGCCGGCCAACUGGGCAUGUACUUCUUCACCGUGAUGCUGGGCUUAUUUUUCCACGGCUUUGUAGUGCUUCCCAUCGUGUAUGCGGUGUGCACGCGGCGUAUGCCCUUCCGGUUCAUCGCCAACAUGAUGAAUGCUUUCACCACCGCUUUCGGCACGGCCUCGUCCUCGGCCACCCUCCCAGUCACCAUCAAUUUGUUGGAGGAGAAGAACGGUGUCGACCCCAGGAUAGCCAGAUUCGUGCUACCCAUCGGUGCCACGAUCAACAUGGAUGGAACCGCUUUGUAUGAGGCUGUGGCCGCCAUCUUCAUCUCUCAGGUGCGGAGUAUGGGUUUGAGCAUUGGACAAAUCAUUGCCAUCUCCAUCACCGCCACUGCUGCCAGCAUCGGAGCGGCCGGCAUUCCGCAAGCUGGUCUCGUCACUAUGGUCAUGGUCUUGGACACCGUGGGACUGCCAGCCGAGGAUGUGACCAUCAUUCUCGCCGUGGACUGGCUUUUGGACCGAUUCCGCACCGCCAUCAACGUUUUGGGCGAUUCCAUUGGCGCCGGUCUGGUUUAUGAGUUGAGCAAAGCCGAGUUGGAGCUCUUCAAUCAAGGCAAGAUUGAGGGUGGAUUUGAGGCUGUGCCCAUGAAUGAAAUUGACGAGGACAACGCGACCACCACCAAAGACCGAAACAACAAGUGAAACAACAUGGGCGUGGGGAGCCAGUCAACACCAAACACGAACUAACCAACUAUCAAUUCACUCACCAUCCAUCCUUUAAAUCCUUUGAGGGAACAGCGAAAAUGAGGGGUCUUCUCAGCUUUCAUGAAACUUGGACAUCAAUAUCAUCAUCAUCAUCGUCAUCAUCAUUAUCCUCUUCUCCUUCUUCUUCUUCACCACGUUUGCGAUCUCUUGGACUCAUCAUCUCGUCACGUGCUCUCUCUAGUUAUUACUUAUCAUUAACUCAUACGAAAUGAAAACACUGCAAGUGGUGAUGAUGAUGAUGACGAUGAUGAUGAUGAUGAUGAUGAUGAUGAUGAUGAUGAUGAUGAUGAUGAUGAUGAUAACGAUGAGGACGAACUAAUCGUUUUACACCUCACAGCAGUUUUUGCCCGACUUGUCCAACCCAUUUUCCAGUUGUUAUGUUACUGCUGCUAGCUAGUAUGGUCGCUCCUUCGCCCCCUCCCCGCCCUCUUUAUGGCUUUAUGGAAGUGCCAAAGUGAUUAGUUUUUUGAUGUACUUUUCGAGAGUUUGUAAAUGACACCCAAAGACAAAAAUGUCUCCCAAGAGAAGCUUACUACUAGUAGCCUGUAUCAGAAAAAUACCUCAAAAUACAUGAAUAGACGGAGUCUCACUUUUGCGAGUGAGCUCCCUCUCAGGCCUAUUUAUUGGAUGUACUACGUAUGGUAUAUGGUAUAUACUACGUAGCCUUCACUGCUAUUCAGCAGUACAGUAUACUACUCAUUAAUUUUGAUUGUCUUUAUGUUUCUUACGUUUUCAUUUGAUCAGUCUCCUGGCUCGAUUCGAUUGUUCCUGUGUCGUUAGUUCGUUCAUUCGUUCCAAACGGAAAUUGUGAAAUUGGCCUGGGAAAGGAUAACAACUCAACAAUCCCGGUUAUAUAUUGUUGUUUCGUUUGAAGCCCUUGCUUGUACAGAAGUUUUCAUCAUCCUCAUACAAUUCAACCAACCCAAGGGAGGAAGGAGGAAGACGACACAAUAUUUUCUUCUCUCAAUAUAUCAUCCUAGUUUAUAGCCGACAUGAUUGACGAAAUAAACAUUUUUCUAAAA